UAGUGCAGUGAGAAUAUAUUCAACAGGAUGGUCUCGUUCGUAAGACUUUCAUUUGGCGCAUUGAUUUUAGUUACGUUAACCUUUGAAAAAAUAGAUACACAAGACAAGUUGUUGGAUCCUGGUCGCGAUAUCCGUUUUUUUAAAGGAGAACUAAUUGAUAUUAAAGAAAAUAACAUCAUAGUUAUAAUAUGUAAUUGCCCGACUGUAAACUUUCAUCUGAUACUCAAAAAUGGAUAUGUUAAACGCUACACCUUCAGAAGCAAAACUCGUGCAUGUUAUACAUACGAAAUUGGCUCCACUUCCGAGAAAACGCAGGUAGUCCGCAGUGGGGAAGUUGUGACAACAGCAGAAGAUGGUUUGGAGACAAUGGUCCUUAAGUGUUCUUCAAAAUAUGCUUCCUGGAAAAUUUUAAAGACCUGUUGGAACGGUGCCGAGUCACAUCCUUGUCGUAUCGAUUGCCCUCGUCGACACUGUGACGAAUACGAUAGCCAACUUGACGUUCGAGCAGUACUCUUCAGCAUACUUCUAGUACUGACGAUUUUCACAGCACCAGCAAUCCUUUACUUUAGUUGGAUACGCAGAAUUGACACUUAAGGAGGAAACACCGGAUCUUUUUUUAACUCUAGCAGCCUUAUGUUCACUUCUAAAAAACACAGUUCAAUGCAUUGCAACUAUAGGUACAACCAAUGUUACGUCAAAAAUACAUACUUGAUUUUGGAGAAUAAGAAAUUCUAAAAUAUGAUCCACGACCGUUGUAAUAUAGGUUGCAUAUUUUCAAUGCAUUAAUCUGUUUUUUUUUUUAAUAGGUAUGUGUAGAGUAAAAAAUGUUAACUGUUAAUCGUUGCUUUGUUUUACAUUAUUUCUCAAAUGUACAUAGGUUUAGGUAAUUAUCGUUAUAAGGACAUCAGUUAGUCAUUUUUGUUCCAAAUUUAACACGAAAUUAAACUAAAUACAAAAAAAAAAAAUAUAUACAAAAUUGUAGUUUGACGUAGUUUUUUAAUUUAUGUUAUUGGCAGCUGGUUCCAGCUGAUAAAAAUUAAGACUUAAUGUUAAUUUUAUUCAUUUUGGGCGUUUUGGCAGGCAUAUAAUACCCGUUAUCUUUUUCAACAAUCGCCUGUUGGGUUGAGUCAGAAAUGAGGUUACGUGCCCUAAUUGUAGUUAUAAAAUAUGUGUAGAUAAGGAAACAUGUAAAAUAAACCUAUGUGCAGUUUCAAACUAACUAUGGUUUUUGAAAACACAAUAAAAUGUAUUUUCCCCCUAACGUGUUCAAUAUCACUUACGUCAAAUUAAGUUAUACAUAAUGGCUGCCAGAAGUCACGUGAUCGAUAGUGCCUGCUUCUGGUUGGCACUUUCUACCCGUUUCUUAUUGGUCUACGAAGAUGUGGUUGUAUGUACACCA